UAACCUUUUGAUUAACGAUGACACCGACGCCAUCUUGUUUGGGACGUUAUUUGCCCCUCAAGCUAUAUGACUGUAGUCAAUAGUCACUCGUCGCCCCCAGUUCGUCUUAACGGUAGAGUGAUUCACAACCCCUGGAGCAUCUUCAAGUAGUCAUUGAGAAAUGAAGACGACUUCCUUUGUUUCGAUCAUUCAUUACCUACGCGAGAAGCGAGUCCAGGUGAUUCCGGCGACUGUUGGCUGAAAUCGCUCAAGACAACAAAAGCCGGUUUAACAGACUGAUGCAUAUCACAGAGUGAGAGUUCAACUCUGAACCGUACAGUGAAACGUCCACAGAAACAGGGGACAGACGAUGGGCUUCCAAAUCAGACUGCUGUCGCUGUUGUUGUCUUCCGUUUUCGUGACCUUUGCAUUGAAUGGAGAUUCUGCAGAUGAUUCAAGACAGGGCCCGCCCGAAAGAGAUGCACAUCCCCGAGAGAGAAUCGCCUACAGAACAGACCUUGCAAUCCUGCCUUGUACCGCAAGGAGGCGCUCCUCUACAACGACCUAUUCGAGCGAUCGCGAUGAUGUAAAGAUGACGCACUGGCACCAGCCGCCGAAUAUCCCGGAUAUAAACAACAACAACGACCGCUUGUAUGAAUGGAAAAAGGACGACCAGGAGGUGAUAUUGACGCCAUCUAAGUACAAAAUCGUUGAUGGAGAGCUGCACAUUCUUAGUCCGAGGAGACCAGACGACGAGGGAAAGUACCAAUGUAUAGCGUACAACGAGGACGGCGCCAAAAUAAGUCUACCGACAUACCUUAGAAUAGCAUAUAUGGAACCAUUUGAACCGACGGUCCGACUGCCUAUCGUUGUUAAUGAAGGAGACACCUUCAGAAUAAGAUGUGUACCACCGGACCAUUAUCCAUCCGGAAAGUAUAACUGGUAUAAGGACGUUCCUCACCAGUUGGUACAACAAGACAAGCGGAUUUUCAUCUCCAACAAAAAUGGAGACCUCUUCUUCAGAUACGCCACCUUGCAGGACUCUGGGAACUACAGCUGUGUUCUGUCCGAUGACCACCCUUCUCAUGGCUACUACAUCGUACACAGUCCUGCAACGUCUGUCGUUGUCAGGCCGGGAAGCAUCACGUCCAGACCUCCCCAUGUGGUCCUGUCACCGGAGAUAGUGCACGCUGUAGAGGGACAGACGGUCACCAUGCAGUGCUUUGACGACGCAUAUCCUGUUUCCAAGACAGUAUGGAAGAGACGGGUGAGGAAAGAAGACAUUGACGAGCUCCCCCUGCCGCGGAAUGCGGUACUGCAGAGUCACGACCACCUGUUAGUGCUCCCAGACGUCAGGCGGGAAUCAGCCGGGUACUACUUCUGCGAAGUGGAAAACGAACUGGGCAGAAGUAACAUAUUAGCCAGGCUAUCUGUUAAUGUUCCUGCGAAGGUCACAUCGCUUGGUAAGGACAUACCUCUGCGUUUGGGAAAUGACGUCACCUUGGAGGCCACGUUCGAGGGGACAUCCCCCGUGACUGUCACGUGGUACAGAAAUGCAAAUGAGGUAGUGACGAACAGCAAAUACGUCAUCAAGGGUGACGCACUGACGAUCACUGACCUGAGGUUCACGGACAGAGGAAGAUACCAAUGCAUGGUACAGAACGAGUACGGAGCAGACCAAGUGUUCUUCAAUCUUGUUGCCGUCGAGCCAACAAUAGUGAAACCAAUGAAGGACGCACAGACAGCCAUACUGGGUGAGACCGCCACAGUGGUAGUGAGAUGGGAAGCCUCGCCGCCUUUCAUGAUCAACUGGAGACAGAGAGACACCACUGUAGUCACCAUGAACAUGGACGACAAACGGGCAGUACUAGUCACAAUCAUUAACCACAGAAUGAAUGUUACCAAAGAAGGCUAUUUAUCUAUCAAUGACGUCACCGCGGCUGAUGAGGGAAAUUACACAUUCUCUGUCUCCAACCAGUUUGGGCACACUGAGGCGUCCAAUCAGCUGCUUGUCAUCGCACCACCGACAGCACAAUCAGCCUCCAAUAUUCCCCUACUAGCAGUAGGAGCUAUUCUUGCCUUGCUCAUCAUUGUCGGCGCCGCAGUUGUUGUAUGGGUGGUCAUGAAAAGACGGAGGGACAGAGUGAGUUCACCGAUCCGCCCAGACGCGGCCAUCGUCCGUCCGAACGCAGACGAGGCUUUCCGUGUUCGUCUGUAUAUCGACGAUAACGUUGCAGUCAAUGAGGACUUCGGUACAGACGAUACACGAGCAUUGACAGAAGAUCUAUAGGGAACUGCAAAUUUCUCUAAGUGGUCAUUGAAUGUUGCAACAGCGUUAGAUUCAUACGCUUAAUGAUUUAUUGAACGUCCGUUAACAAAUUAUUUGUUGAACAGAAUAUAAAGCAUACAAAGGCGAAUUGCCUUAUGUGAAGCUAAAAGCAACAAGGUACAGCUUUUGGGAGCGAAUUCUAAGUGCAAUAUAAAAGUAGACAUACAUUUACAUGUAUGUUCUGUUACCAUUCUUUGUAACGAUAAAGACACUCUUUAGUUGGGAUAGCGGGCUAUCUGUUCGAGUUACUACAGUGGAAAAAUAUCUUCAUUUGCAGCUACUGUAAAUGCAGAAAUGUUCGCGGUGGAUUAAUGUUCGCGGUUUUCGCGGUGACCACUUCACCGUGAACUUAAAACCACCGCGAAAAUUUUUCUAUAAUGGUAUAAGACUGCAGUCUAUGGUGUUACCGCGAACUUAAAUCCACCGCGAAAAGUCCCUUUCCCCGCUACCGCGAAAUUAAAUCCCCGCGAACUUAAAUGCAUUUACAGUAUCUAGAUAUGGCGUGUCACAUCACAUUUUUUUAGAGUGAAAGUA